AUGGCUCAGGACAUUCCCAAGACCAUGAAGCAGUGGACCGUCUCCGGCAGCGAUGGCUUCGACUCUCUCAAGUUCUCCCAUGUUCCUGUCCCCACUCCCGGUGACGGCGAGGUUCUCUCCGCGGUGCUUCUCUGA